AUGGACAAAGGAAAAUCAACAGCAAAUGCAUUUACAGUUCCAGAAGAUGCAGAUGGUCGUCAACGUAUCAAUCUUCAACACAUGCAAAAUGUUCUUCUAAUCUGGUUAGACAACAAUAUUGACACAAACAAUGACGAUUGUCAAAAUGCAAUCACACAACUGCAAUGGACUGUCAAUGACAUCAAUAUAUUUAUAGAUGUUGAUCAAUGUCUCAAAUUUAUCGAAACAAUUAUCGAUAAAAAGGUUUGUAUGAUCAUACCUGGUUACUUUGGACAACAUAUUGUGCCUCGUGUGCACAAUAUGUCUCAAGUUGAUUCAAUAUUUGUACUCUGCGGUAGCAAAGAACGCCAUGAACAAUGGGUCAAAAAUUGGCCCAAAAUAAAAGGUGUUUUCACAGAUAUUAAACCCAUCUGUGAAGCACUCAAAUUGACAGCUCAUCAAUGUGAGCAAAAUGCCAUUCCCAUGAGUUUUGUGGGAUCAAAUAAAAAUUUGGAUCAAUUAGAUCCUUCUUUUAUGUACACACAGAUUCUCAAGGAGCUCAUAUUAAUCAUCAAAUUCGACCAAAAGCACAUCCAGGAUUAUCUGGAUUACUGUCGCAAUAUUUUUACUGGUAAUGAAAAAGAAAUGAUUAAUAUUAACAGUUUGAAAGAUGAAUACCACAAGAACACACCAAUUUAUUGGUACACCUGUGACAUGUUUUUGUAUCGCAUGCUCAAUCGUGCAUUACGAUUGAUGGAUGGCGAUAUUAUUAUACGUAUGGGCUUCUUCAUCGGUGAUUUACAUCGAGACAUUGAACAGCUACAUCAGAAACAACAUACUGGUCCAACUGCUGCUGAUUCGUCCCCCGUCUAUCGAGGGCAAGUUUUAUCUACAGAAGAUUUUGGAAAAAUGAUGGAAAACAAAGGUGGUCUUAUUUCUUUUAACUGUUUCUUGUCUACCAGUAAAGAUCGCAAUACAUCAAUGCGUUUUAUUCAACAAACUACAAUAAAUCAAGAUCAAAUACGUGUCCUGUUUAUUAUGGAGAUUAAUCCUGCUCAAUCAACAACACCAUUUGCUUCAAUUGCCGGUAUCAGUGAGUUUGAGGAAGAGGAAGUGUUGUUUUCGAUGCAUAGCGUGUUUCGUAUCCAAGAUAUUAAAUCGACGGAUGAAAAUAAUCUUUUAUAUGAAGUUAAUUUAGUCCUGACUGCUGACAACGAUCCAGAAUUAAGCAGACUUACUAAUUCCAUUCGAAAAGAGAGUGAUCCAGACCAUGAAGAAUGGUACCGAUUGGGCUCGGUACUAAUUAAAAUGGGCCAAUUUGGCAAAGCUCAAGAUAUUUAUAACGAUUUACUUAAUGAAACAAAGGAUGAUAAAGACAAGGCAGAUAUUUAUCAUCAAUUUGGUUCGAUCGAGUAUGGUCGAAAAAACUAUCAAGAAGCACUGACAUUCUAUAAAAAAUCGCUUGAUAUUAGGGAAAAGAUUCUUCCUCCCAAUCAUCCCGAUUUGGCUAAGUCCUACAACAAUAUUGGUGUAGUGCAUAACACCAUGGGUAAUUAUCCAGAAGCACUCUCUUAUUAUAAAAAAGUCUUUGAAAUUGAUCAACAAUCACUCUCUCCCGAUCAUCCUGAUUUGGCUAAGUCCUACAACAAUAUUGGUUUAGUGCAUGCCAACAUGCGUGAUUACCCAAAAGCACUUUCAUGUUACGAAAAAGCCCUUGGAAUCAAACAGCAAUCACUUCCUCACACUCAUCCUAGUUUGGCUUCUUCCUGCAGCAACAUUGGUAUAGUGCAUGCCAACAUGCGCGAUUAUCCCAAAGCACUUUUAUAUCAUGAAAAAGCCCUUGAAAUUCAAAAACAAUCACUUCCUCACAAUCAUCCUAGUUUGGCUCAUUCCUACAACAACAUUGGUGUAGUAUAUAAAAUCAUGGGCAAUUAUCCAGAAGCACUUUCUUAUUAUGAAAAAACGCUUGAAAUUCAGCAACAAUUACUUCCUCCCAAUCAUUCUGAUUUGGCUAUGUCCUACAUCAACGUGGGCUUAGUGUAUAAAAAUAUGGAGAAUUAUUCAAAAGCACUUUAUUAUUAUGAAAAAGAUCUUGAAAUACAACAACAAUUACUUCCUUCCUAUCAUCCUGAUUUAGCUUCUUCCUACAACAACACUGGUUUAGUGCAUGAAAAAAUGGGUAAUUACGAAAAAGCCCGUACAUAUUUUGAACAUGCUAUACAAAUAGGGCAACAAUCAUUGCCUACAAAUCAAUCAACUCUACAACAACGACGAAAGAACCUUGAACGUGUAAAAAACAAAUAA